AUGAAGAAUAUCAUAUCAUUCGUAAACAAGAAAAAUAAUACCUUGGAUAAUAGGAAUACUAGCAUUCCUGGAUCUUCCAGUGAUAUAAUACACCAACGUGGAGCUCUAAAUACUGAGGAUUUUGAAGAAGGAAAAAAAGAUGGUGUAUUCGAGUUGGGUCACCUGGAGUUCACCACCAAUUCAGCUCAAUUGGUUGAUUCAGACGAUGAUAAUGAUAAUGCAAUAAAGGUGGUGAAUGCUGCCACUGAUGAAGCCAAUGAGGCUAACAGCGAAGAAAAAAGCAUGACCUUGAGGCAAGCUUUGCGAAAAUAUCCAAAGGCUGCCUUAUGGUCUAUUUUAGUGUCCACUACGCUGGUUAUGGAGGGUUAUGAUACUGCGCUUUUGAGUGCACUUUAUGCAUUGCCAGUUUUCCAGAGGAAGUUCGGUACUAUGAAUGCGGAAGGCUCCUACGAAAUUUCCUCGCAAUGGCAAAUUGGUUUGAACAUGUGUGUUCUUUGUGGUGAAAUGAUUGGUUUACAGAUUACCACUUACAUGGUCGAAUUCAUCGGCAACCGUUAUACAAUGAUUACGGCGCUUGGUUUGUUGACUGCUUAUAUUUUCAUCCUUUACUACUGUAAAAGUUUGGCCAUGAUCGCUGUAGGGCAAAUUCUGUCAGCUAUGCCAUGGGGCUGCUUCCAGAGUCUGGCUGUUACUUACGCUUCGGAAGUUUGUCCCCUAGCGUUGAGAUAUUACAUGACCAGUUACUCCAAUAUCUGUUGGUUGUUUGGCCAAAUUUUCGCCUCUGGUAUUAUGAAAAACUCUCAGGAGAACUUGGGAGAUUCUGACCUAGGUUACAAAUUGCCAUUCGCCUUACAAUGGAUUUGGCCUGCGCCUUUAAUUGUUGGUAUUUUCUUCGCUCCUGAGUCGCCUUGGUGGCUGGUGAGAAAGAAUAAGAUUGCGGAGGCCAAAAAGUCCUUGAAUAGGAUUCUGAGUGGCACUGCUGCUGAGAAGGAGAUUCAAGUGGAUAUUACUUUAAAGCAAAUUGAGAUGACGAUUGAGAAGGAAAGACUUCUGGCAUCGAAAUCAGGGUCGUUCUUCAACUGUUUCAAGGGCGUUGAUGGAAGAAGAACAAGACUUGCGUGUUUGACUUGGGUUGCUCAGAAUAGCAGCGGUGCCGUUUUACUUGGUUACUCGACAUAUUUCUUUGAAAGGGCAGGCAUGGCCACUGACAAGGCGUUCACUUUUUCGCUUAUUCAGUACUGUCUAGGUUUAGCAGGCACCCUUUGCUCCUGGGUAAUAUCUGGCCGUGUUGGGAGAUGGACUAUACUGACUUAUGGUCUUGCAUUUCAAAUGGUUUGUCUAUUUAUCAUUGGUGGAAUGGGGUUUGCUUCUGGAAGCAAUGCCAGUAACGGUGCCGGUGGUUUACUGUUGGCUUUAUCGUUCUUCUACAACGCCGGUAUCGGGGCUGUGGUUUACUGUAUCGUUGCAGAGAUUCCAUCCGCAGAAUUAAGGACCAAGACUAUUGUGCUGGCCCGUAUUUGCUACAAUUUGAUGGCCGUCAUCAAUGCCAUUCUAACGCCAUAUAUGCUUAAUGUGAGCGACUGGAACUGGGGGGCCAAAACCGGUCUAUAUUGGGGCGGUUUCACUGCAGUCACUUUGGCUUGGGUCAUCAUUGAUUUGCCUGAGACAACUGGUAGAACCUUUAGUGAAAUUAAUGAACUUUUCAAUCAAGGUGUCCCUGCUAGAAAAUUUGCGUCUACUGUAGUCGAUCCUUUCGAGAGGAAAGAGUCUCAAAUUGAUCCGCAAGUUGAUGGCGUUAUUAACCAGUCCUCAAGCGCAAUGCAGCAUGGGCUAAACGAAGUCAACGAAUUUUAA